CUUUCACAUUCGCCUUGGUCUCUUUCUUCCUCCUCUCUUCCUCAACUUUGAUGGCAGCGCCUUACGCCUUCGUUACGCUCGUUACUUCAGAUUCAUAUCUUCCUGGGGCUCUUACUCUAGCUGCUGCGCUUCAAGACAUUCACCCCUUUCCUCUGGUGCACCCAGAAGUCUCUUUCCAGACUGUAUGCCUAGUCACACCGGAAACUGUCGAUGUAUCUACCAUAAAACUGCUCAGAAGAGCUUUUAAUAUUGUUGUAGGCGUUGAAGUUAUCAUCCAGGAGGUCGAUAAGGGUUUGCAGCUUCUCGGUCGUCCGGAUCUCAGUACUGCUCUCACAAAAUUACACGUAUUCCGGCUCACUCAAUACACCAAAAUUAUUUUUCUUGAUGCCGAUGUUCUCCCCAUAAGGCCUAUUUCCCAUCUUUUUACAUUGUCCCACGAAUUUUCUGCUGUACCAGAUGUUGGUUGGCCAGAUAUAUUCAACUCAGGUGUUAUGGUCUUGUCUCCGGGCGAAGAGAAGUUUCACGAUAUUCAGCAACUGCUCCAAUCCAAAGGAUCCUGGGAUGGCGCUGAUCAAGGAUUAUUGAACGAAUGGAGAGGCAAUAAUUGGAACAGGAUUAGCUUCACCUACAAUACCACACCAACAGCUGUGUAUACAUACGCACCGGCCUACGAACGCUUCGGAUCUAAAAUCUCUGCAAUUCAUUUUAUUGGCCCAAACAAACCUUGGGAUUUGAUCCCAAAUCGUCCCCCAUUUCAAUCCACGUCCCAACCAGAAGUUCCGCAACGAGCUUACGAUUAUAACUCACUUCUUGAUAGGUGGUUUGCCGUCUACGACAAGUAUUAUCGUAACCGGGUCAUCGUUCCGGAUGCCAAUUUUGAAGUUCGUCGUUACUUAUCCGCUUGGUCUGAGCAGAGCGGCGCCAAACCAGAUAUGGCGUCUUCUUCCUCCGGCGAGUCGGCAUUAAGCGGCACUCUUGGUCUCGAAGAUCUACGCCGUCUGGCCGUAGAGGGCAUGAGUUCGGUGAAUUUUGGAUCUAUGCAUGCCAACAUCUCUGGCGAGGGAGAGUACAGAAGUCUGCCCUUGGAUGGUCGUUUCGAUUUGAUGCGGCUCUCUCUGACACGGGAAGAAUAUAAUCCGAUUCUUACUCCAGAAGACGUGCCUCCAAGUCCACAUCCACAUCCACAUCCACAUCCACAUCCGGUUCCUCUACCUCAUAUUGACACCUUCCAAUCCAAACACAACGUGCACGACAUAGUUGAACCUCCAAAGACUGCCCCAAACCACCACUUUCCAAGUGAUACGUACUUCCCUAACCAAUGGGAUCAAGCACCACCCAGCAAGCAUAACCAGCCUUCUCAACCCAGUGGUCCUACAACCGAUUCCACGGCUCUCUUUGAACCGCCUCCUCCUCCACAGAUUCCAGAACCACUUCAGAAACAAGGCCAUUAUCGUAAUGUAAUUGGGACCGAUAUUUCACAUACCCCUCAUCCUAGUAAAGUCAAGCCCGUAUUCCCGUGGGAGGGACAACAGAGACAGCCUCCAGGUCGAGUUUUUCCACCGGGAGAAGCACCUUCUCCAUCUCAGUUUGCAAGCCAUUUACAAGAGGAGAAGCCCGCGACUCGGGUAAGUUCUGAAGUUCACCCAGCGACUUCGCCGUCGCGGUCUACCGCCCAGUCACCUCAGAACGUACCCACUUCGCUGACAUUUGCUAAUGCCUGGGAUACAGUCCCGAGUAUACAACGAUAUGCUUCCAAGCUUGUACAGCCACCCCCCCUUGUACCUCUGGCUGCACCAUUCGAUAGUAAUGACUAUCGGAAGAGCAAGAACUGGAGUGAUCGUGCAGAAGUUAGUAGUCGAGAUGGAGAUGAUGAAGACAAUGCCGAUGAUGAUGAUUCGUCCGUUAUGCGAUGGGCAGACAGCGACAACGAAACUGACGUCGCCAACACAAGGUCACGGAGCAGCUCCAACGUUUCAGCAAGUUACAGUAGUAAAGGAAGGAAAAAAGAAUAUCGAGUACGUGGCGUCCAGACUCUUUCUCGUGACACGCGAGAUCAGGCCGUUCAAGUUGAUCCUAUUGAUCCGCUAAAGGUUCAAUCGCCAACUCCUCGUACGAAUGAAGAGAGAACGAACAGACACAGAAAGACAUCUUUGUCAGCUCACCCUGGCAGCAGCAAGAAGCAAUGGUCGCCACCUACAACGUCCACCGCCCCACCGGUGAUCAGCACCGUCUCCGAAGUUCUGCACAUCACGUCAAACAAACGCAACAGUACGGGGUCUCCCAGCACGCCGCCUCAUGAGUCUCCCCGUUCUUUGGCUAAUGAUUGGUCAAAUGAAAUCAAUGUGGCGAGCACCACUUUGGAAGCAACGAACGGAGCCUCGCCCAAAAGUCAAACGCGAACAGAUUUACGCAGUGCUAUAGAACCUGGUGGGCCAACUCGCCAAGUCUCCCAUGAUGGAUCCUCAUGGACUUCUACGACUUCUCCGCCUUCCUCCAUAGGUCCGAUAUCUCCCACAGACAAUACGCCAAUAUCCCCUCAGCGGAAAGCAGGGCGUGUCUGGGAUCCUGCUCGAGGAGUGGAGCUAUUCAAACGAGGUUCUGAAGAGGUCUUGGCUCGAUUCUUGAAGAUGAGCUCUUGGGAUGAGUCGCCUCGUUAAUCAAUAGUUUUCUUUCUCUCGGCGCUCUAGUGCAUUUGCUUCCAUUCCUUGCUAUCCGCUUUACGACCCUUUGGAAUCCAAUCAGCACUGUCUCCUUCUUUGCAGUUUAUUCUUAUGGUUAAAAUUUUUGUUCCAAAAUGUACUAGACUCAAGUUCAAGUUCACAUUUUUCUCUCUUAGAUCGAUUGGUAUGUACGUACACUGAUUGGCGGUUGAUAGAUUAUGUAAGAUGUCCAUUAGAUACAUAUCGUCAGUGCUCCUGGUGAUGCGUUGUCGACGUCA